GAUGUCAAGGCCCUGAGACACCAAAAGAAAAAAGUAUAAAUUGCUCUGUGCUACUUGCUUGAUAUCAGAAAAAGAAGUCACCUGGACCUCACUUUCGAAUUGAGAAGCUUAUCAAGGUUUCAUUCAAAGGUGUACAAACUUACGGUUACUAUGGGACGUUUAAUGGUCUCUAUGAUGAUUAUCGUCGGGAUCUUUGCUCCAGGAAUGUUGGCCUGCGGCGGCGGUGGUUCCAAAGGCUACGAAGACAGUCGAAAAUGUUCCAAUUGUCAAAACUGUUGCAAUAACGAGUGUGUGUCCAGUGAAAUGCAGGUGGAAGAGCAAACAAAAGGUUUUGUUCGUGUUGCUGAGCUGUCCAUUGGAGACAUCAUUCGUGGAGUUUCGGGAGCUGACCGAGACCCUGGCUGGUGCAGAGUGGAAGCCGUGUAUCCAACCGCAAACAAAAACAACGUGACGACCUACGACGGUUUCACUGAAGCCCACAUGGUUGUCGACAAUGGCACUGUUCACCAGUACGGAAGGAAAGGGAAGGCGAAGAAAAGUCGACUCUUCACGCUUGCCACAGAAUGCGAUGCAGCAGUGAAUGCAGCUGGCCAAGUGUUCACACCAAUUAGCACGGCUUUCUGUCCCCAUGAGCUGAGUUGGAACGAUUAUCUUACCGUGAUUGCCGCUAUACGUCGCGUAACCGAUCGCACCGGAUUCUUCUGGUAUAUGAGUGAUGCCUUCCAUGACAACGAAACUGCUCAAGUCCCACUUUGGAAAGACCUGCUACACGAAAUGUGCCUUGAGCUCUUGCAGUGCGCACGUGAAGGGCGAUGCCAGCAGUUUGAGAAUGUGGUGGCCCAGUUCGUGCUAGAACAUGUGAAUGAAAAGUACGCGGCGAUUGUGGAGCACAAGUUCCCUAACUUCGGUGGUGAUGUGGAGAAUGAAGAAACUGGAACCAUAGCAGAGGUCGUUCGUGCGCAUAAAUAGUUGGGCCCGAAUUAUAAUUAGCUCAGAAUCAAGCAAAUGAGGCUGUUCUUUGAAUUUUGUAUACGGCACUUCUAACUAAUAGGAGUAUUAACGUUAGUUGCUGUAUUUGCUUUGUUUUUUCAAGGAGUGAAAUUCAAGUUUUUCCUUUGGUACUUUAAAAAUGGUGAUCAAGGUCUUGGGCUGAGAAGUGUAAACAGUAAUUGUACACCAAAUAUUCUUAAUAUCGUAAGCCGGGUCAAAUUUAUCGGGAAUUGGUUAAACGUUUCAUAUCUUAAAAAUAAGCAAUUAAAAAAAAAAAACUGGCAGCAUCGAGUCCGGUUCAUGCUGAUCACAUAACACAAUAUAUCAUUUGUUUAUUUGUUUCCACUUUAUAGUCAUAGAAAACAUGUACUUAUUCGCAUUUAAUCUCUUAUCAAGAUAUUUACUCAUAUUUUACUUUAAUUGUGUUUUAUGAAUCUGUAUUUAGACUAGUCAUUAAAAACCUGGUUUCAUUAUUACAUCGCUGUCUUUCUUGUCUUUGUGUUGUUUUUAUUAAAGUAAUUG